AUGAACAACUUCUUCGUUACUGUAACGCCAGAGAAGCGCUUCAUCUACCUGUCUCUGGUUCUGUGUGGGGGAAGAGACGUGGCGAUGAUGCAGUGGUGCGGCGCAGCGGCGAGGAGGGUGAUGAUAGAGCGGCCGCCGGCGGCUGCCGCGUUUUCGUCUCUCUCCCCAUCGACAGGGGCGACGAUUUCUUCGCCGGCAGUGGCAGUGGUUCCCGUUCUGUGCGGACGAGGGGACAAGAGGACGAAGAAAGGGAAGAGAUUCAAGGGAUCGUACGGAAACGCGAGGCCCAAGAAGGAGAAGAAGAUCGAGCGUAUCAAGGACAAGGUAGAAGUCCCCAGGUCCACUCCUUGGCCUCUCCCUUUCAAGCUCAUCUGAAUGCUUUUUCCGUUGAUUCUCUGAACCUUGAGAGCUAAACUGUUUCUGAGUUGAAAUCAGAUUGUAAACACUUUUAUGAAUUACCAAGAUUAUUACCUGGCUAGGACUUGAAAUUAGUAUGUUUGUUGAACUUUAUUGAGCUCCAGCAACUAAUUACUGAGAAAGAAUCAAAUUGGGAUGUUAGAGUUUACUCGGCAAAAUUGAAGUAAGUGUGACCUGCUAUUGUAUCUAGAAAUAGCACUUGCAUCCGUAUCUCUGGAUCAUUAUAGUAUUUGGCAAGCAUGUUCCUUGAUAUUAAUUGCGGUUGAUCAAACAA